AUGUUGGAUUUGGAGGCGGCGAGCGUCGCUGAUUUGGAGCUCGAGAAGUGGGAGGGAGCAGACACUGCAAUUGCAGUCGAAGUCGAACGCAUCUUUCAGAUGGGUGCGUCGGGAGUCGGAGGGACCGCCUUUGUCAUAGGAGAUGGUGAUUUCUUCCCCGGCAUUGAUAUGACGGAUUGCGUGGAUGGUUUCACACUUUGUAUCGCUGUUCCAACUAUUGUGAGCAUUUGGAAGACAGCUGUGAUUGAUGAGGCAAAUGGUAGGAUAGAUGCCACCAAUCACGGAGUUGGGACCGCAGGGCAAAGCGUUGGUUUUGACAACACCGCUGAAUGGGUGUGGAGUGGUAAAAAGGGGGUUCUCGUAAAGUAUACGUGUGCCUUUGGCAAUGUUGAAGCGAGCUACAAGACCUUUUCCCUUGCCUGGGACCGUCUGGAUCUCAAAGAGUGGCAGGUCCAACUCACGUAUAGGGUCGGUCCCAAACACGAAUUAAGCUAUGGUAGUUGGGAUUUCCGGUUCAUCGGGCUAACCCAGGUUAAGAAACCCUCAACAAUCAUAUUGAGUGGACCAUAA